AUUAAGGCAACAUAGGACUAAGACAAUCCAAUGAUGCUAAGUUACAAAUAUGAUCAGGAGCUUCUUCUAGCCACAACAAAUCAGGACUGAUAAAAGCAAGGUUAGCUAAGCCAUGUGCAAAUCUAUUACCCUUCCCUCUUUACAUAUAAAAAAACAAUUGAUCUAAAACUAUGUGUCAAAGUCAGACAGUCAGCUAUAAAGAACCAAAAUAGUCAUCUCCCACCUUCCUAUUCUUGAGAGCUAGUAUCACCUCAGCAUUAUCACUUUCAAGAACAAUAUCCAAAAAACAACAAUAUUUAGCUAAUUUCAAACCCAAAACACAAGCUUGAGUUUCAGCUAUUUGAGAUUCCACCUCCAAAGCUAACUUCCAGGUCGCUGCAGCAAGAAUAUUCCCAUCCGAGUCCUUCUCUACUGCACCCGCACCAGCCACCUGAUUCACUACCAACACAGUAUUUGUAUUCACCUUAAUUUGGUUUAGAAGAGGUGGUGACCAUGACUUUUGGCACUCCGAAACUUCAUUUGAAAUGCUCAGACCAACAGCAAUCUCGGUUGUGUUUGCUACGCAGAAUUCCUUGGAGCUUUUCUCAGCUAGCUCUAUCAUUUAUAACACAUCAAUCCUUUUAUCUUCAAAAACCAGAGCAUUCCUGGAUUUCCAAAUAGCAUACAAACAAGUAUAAAACAAUUCUCUUUGUUUUCUAUCUAGACUUUUCAGCAUAUUUUCCACCUAGGUUUGGAGACUUACCCCAUUUUCAGUCUUUGGCCUUAAGGUAAAAGGAGUCAAAACCCAAAAUCUUUGAAUGAAAUCAGUCCCUAAACAAGUGCAUAUCUGAUUCUUCUCUUCGAAAACAUCUUGGACAAAGGGCUAGGCAAUUCACACCUCUUCUUUGCAAAUUCAGUUUUGUUGGGAGGGAAUUCCUCAUCAAUCUCCACACAAAAUUCAAGACACUUGGGUGAAUUUUGAGCUUCCAAAGCAUGCUCCAAUUUGGUUUUGUGUUUAUCAUCGCAUUGUUGCUAGUGUUCUAUCCUUCACUACAAGAAAAACGCUGAAUACAGUUGGAAUUAGCGUCGGAUAUUAGCAGUGGGUUUAUCAACGGAUUUAUCGACGAAUAUGACAAUAAAUUCGUGGGUAAAAAAGUUAUCGUCGAUUUAGAUUUUCUGACGGUAAAUCCGCCAGUAAUAUUUAGAGGGAAAAAAUUGACGCGAGCAUUACCAUUGAAAUCACCAGCGGACCGGUAAAACUCAAUUAAUGGAAUGCUAUGUUUUAGUUAUACGCAAUGCAUUACCAUCGGAUUUAUCCACCGGUAAAUCCGACGGUAAACCUAAUCUAAAUUCAAAAUGCGCAGCCCUCUCCCCUCACUUUCAAGAACAUUCUUCUCUCUCUCCCAUUCUCCUCUCUCUUCUCUCUCCCCUGCAACUACCUCAGGCAACCCCUCCGGCCACCCUCCGUCAGCGCUGUCCACCUCCAUUCUCCUCCAAAGUGUGCCUCAAGUCGCGUGUAUCGUGUAUCGUUGCCUCAAACGAAAUUGCUCUCUUUGUCUUUGCCACUGUUGAAAGAGCUGUCGUUGCCGCUCCCUCUGUCAUCAGAGUUGUGUCUCUCCUCCGUCGUCCAGUGCGUUCCCUUCCUCUCCCAGAGCUUGAAGCAGCGAGUUUUUCUAUUUGCCACUUUGCGAGCUCUGUCGUUGCCUUGUCGUCGUCUUCUGCCUCUCGUUGUCGUCGCUUUCAGACCUGCUCACCUCCAGCUCCAUUCCUUCCGGCGUUCAGGUUGAUGAGACACACAACUGGGAUAUACAGUGUUGGUGGAGCCUUAGGAUUUUGGGUCCUUUGCCGAUUACACUAUGAUUUAUUUUAUUCUUUCAUUCCCUUGUUUAUGUCUAUGUAUCUUAUUAUUUUUCACAUGCUUUCUAAGUGUUUGGUGAAAUGCUACACUUAUCAUAAUGGUAAGGUUCACCCAUUUAUAAACAUAUAAUACAUGUUUUUUUAUUA